AUGAUUGCUGCUCCUAUAGUCCCUACUGCUCCCAUCUCUCCCAUUGCGGUUAAUUACCGUAAGGCUCCCCGUCGUACUGUAUCUCAGAGUGUCUACGAUAUCCUGAACUCGACUCUUAGGUUCGGUGAGGAUGAACGCUUCUGGUGGGAGACGUCCGGCCGCGUCCUCGCGAAUAUGUUCCAGCGCCUGGGAUAUAGUGUCAACGUCCAGUUCCUUCACAUGCUAUUCCUCCAUGUCCGCGUCCUGCCGUUCAUGGGACCUCGUCCAGACUGGCACAACAAGCCUGUGUUCAAAUCGUACAUGACGGAUGACCACACUCCGAUAGAAGUUAGUUGGAUUGUCGGUCCUGACGGCUCGGCUACCGUGCGGUAUGCGAUUGAACCCAUCGACUCGAACCGAUUCGCCAGGAAGCCCGCGGCGCUCAGGAUGAUCGACGAGCUGCGCCCCGUGCUGCACGACCUUGACCUCAUAUGGUUCUUCUUGCUGGACAAGGCGUUGAUUUGGCACGGUCGGACUAGUGCUUCGGGCACCAAACAUGUUACUCAAUAUUUCCUCGGCUUUGACUGUUCUCACACUGGCUCCAUCACCUUAAAAGCGUACUUUCUGCCGGAGAUCAGGGCGGCGGAGACGGGGAUCUCAAAAGAGGAACUAACGAUGCAGGCGCUCAAAUCAUUAGACGCCGGGCUAACAACUCCAUGGGAAGCCACCAUCACGUACUUUAACACGCUUCCGCCGUCCGUGCGGCCUGGCAUUGAGAUUCUUGCGACGGACUGUGCUGCACCUGAGAACAGCCGCAUCAAGGUGUAUGUGCGCACGCGGUCGACGAAGUUCUCCGACCUCGAGGGACUUAUGACGCUGGGCGGAGCUCUCAAGGGUCCCCUGAUAGACGAUGCGAUGGCUGCACUGGUCGACCUUUGGCACCUCGUCAUGGGCGUCGACAUCUCCGCGCCGAACUGGAAGGAGCAACGCCUGGUCCCGCGCUCAUCGAACGACAACCACAUCACGGCCGGGUUACUACUCUACUACGAGCUGAAGCCUGGGUGUGCGCAGCCAUUCCCAAAGGUAUACUUGCCCGUGCGCCACUACUGCGCGAACGACCUCGCCGUCGCACGCGGGAUGGAGGCGUAUCACCGUGCACGGGGCAACGUGCGGGUCGACGGGUACGUGCAGGACGUCGAGGGGAUCUUCGGGCGUCAUCGCCCGCUUGGCGCGCGCACGGGCAUCCACACCUACGUCUCGCUCGCGAUCAAGAAGAAGGAGUUCGAGGUGACGAGCUACUUCAAUCCCGAGGCGUACGCGCCCGAGCGGUUUGGCUCGUGGGGGUUUGAUUUCUGA